UCUGCGGGAAUAGCCAGAGGGCGGCGCUGCUACGCUUCAACUGCGCAGCGGAGGAGAUGUCGGCAGGAAGGAGGAGGUCCCCGACACAAUAUUGACGUUCAUGAUCAGACCUGCAGCGGGACCACGGAGCAGAGAAUGGGAAGGAGUGGACGCGGUGUCUUCUACGCGGAAAGCCUGGUCGUCGUCGCCGCCGCCGCCGAACACCGACUCUUGCUUUUCCCCGGAGGCGCUAGCUUCGGGAGAGGCGAGCAGGUCUACUAGCAAGCACAGGCUUGCUAGCUUAGCUACCUAGCUUGCUAGCAUAACUGCUGCGGCCCCGUUUAUUGUGGCCCGCAACGCAACUCCGCGGCUAGUAUCCGUCGCAUGCACCGACAGAAACAAUGGUGUACCUACUGAAUCCUAUAGAGAACCUGAGGAGCUACAUCAACAACCGUCCGCCACUGGUCAUUUUUAUGAUCAGUGUCAGCGCGGUGGCCAUCGCCUUCCUGACCAUCGGCUACUUCUUCAAGAUCAAAGAGAUUAAAUCCCCGGAGUUGACCGAGGACUGGAACACCUUCCUGCUGCGCUUCAACGAGCUGGACUUCUGCGUGUCGGAGAACGAGACGAUAAAGCACGGCCUGAAUGAGUCGACCACGCCCGAGAGCAUGGUAGUGACCAGCGGCCAGGCUCGAUCCAGCACACAGGCCACCCUCCUGCUGGAGGACUCGGGUCCCAUCAACAUCUCGGUGCCCAUCACCCUCACGCUGGACCCCCAGCGACCGUUCGGAGGGUACUCGCGCAAUAUCACCCACCUGUACGCCACGGUGCUGGGGCAGCAAGUCGGACUCUCUGGCCGGGAAGCGCACGAAGAAAUAAACAUCACGUUCACCCUGCCUGUGUCCUGGAACUCGGACGAGUGUGUGCUGCACGGACACUGCGAGCAGGUGGUGUUCAGCACUUGCAUGACCAUCUCGGGAGCCAGCAACAUCUUCCCCGUCACAGUGCAGCCGCCGCACUGCGUCCCGGAGACGUACACCAACGCCACGUCCUGGUACAAGGUGUUCACCACCGUCCGCGACUCGGACACCAAGUACAGUCAGGACUACAACCCCUUGUGGUGUUACAAAGGCGCCAUCGGCAAGGUGUACCACGCGCUCAACCCAAAGCUCACCGUCAUCGUUCCAGAUGACGACCGCUCCCUCAUCAACCUGCAUCUGAUGCACACAAGCUACUUCCUGUUCGUCAUGGUAAUCACCAUGUUCUGCUACGCAGUCAUCAAGGGGCGGCCCGGCAAAGUGCGGCAAACCACCAACCCCGACUUCUGCCACGAGAAGGUACAACAGUCCCCAGCAGUGCUAUAUGACCUGAACAGGUGGCGCUGUCAGAGAGUUAAAAACAUGGCGUCACACGGCUACGUCAGAACUUAACCGUAACUAUGGACAAAGGGAAGGAAACGGGGAAGAAGUGAUAAAUAAACAUACCAGUUGCCUAGUGAACCCUGGAAAAACAAUACGGGACUCAAAAAGCUCUGUGAAUGCGUUACUCUUGCAAUGUUGGGUUUCUCCAACCAAAGAUAUACAAGUGCCUGUAUCCGUGGUGUAAAUAUUUGUAGGAGCUCUGAUAUUCUGUGCAAGACCCUUUUUAUUUUCUUCUUUCUUCUUUUGGUUCAUUAUCAUUAUUAUUUUUUGCCUGAGUUCCCUUGUGCCAUGUCAGAACAUGCAGUACAACUUCAUAACUACACAAGCAAAAGGCCAGAUUCAAGAACUAAACUGACAUUUUGUGAUGUUCUUUUUGUUUUUUUUAAUAUUCCCAAGAUAUUUCUCCCACAAUGAGAGAGCGCAUGACAGCGGUUUGAGAUAUUUGCUCGUGAAACAUUUUACAGUUUAAACCCCUGUUGCACUCGACAUCGUCGCUUUCAACGGGGAGGAGAUUGAAUGUAGCAUGUUUGUCACGGGGUGUGUCAUCCAGUGUGAUCCGGAAUUUUUUUUAAAGCAACUUUUUUCGUAAUCAGUCCAGAUCUCGCUCAUAAUCGAUAUCUCCACCAAAAUUAGAGGGGCAAUAAGUGAUUUUAAUCCAAUUCGCUUUUUGUAAAAAAAAAAGAAAAGAAAAUCAUUAAUAAUAUCCCCGUGGUCCGCCUGCUCUCGGUUCUGUGCGGCCCCUUUAAAUAUCAGUUUCACCCCGUGUGUUUGCAGUGUCCGUUAAACGUGGCGUUAUGUAUUCAGAGCAAUUCUCGUCAUGAUGGCAGUUAAUAAGCUGCAAAACCUGUGGUUUGUGUUGAGAAAUGUAUGUGUGUGUUGCACUUUCUGCCUUUUGAUGAUUUUUCCUCCUGUGGCUUCAACGCUCACCGGCCUCUCGUCUCUGAUUUGCCGCCAGUCGCUCUGCAGCUCCUCUGCAGGCGUUCUUCAAUAACAUCUUCCGUUGCACCCGGAUGGAGCGUAACGUUUUCUUGCCUUACCUACAGGAAGAUGGGAUUGACUUGCUCAAAAAAGAAAGACAGAAAGGCAGGUAGAUGAUUUUUCCCUUCGUCCAUCUUCCUCUUUCUAUUCUAUUCCAGUGCGAUGAGCCCGUGGUGUGAAAUCAAAACUCGUGACCCUUUUUUUUUUGGUCCCAUUAAGGUAAAAUUUUCCUCUUGAGUUGUUAUUAUAUUUUAGGAUGCAUUUUGAAUGACUUGUUGCUAAUUCUUUUUUUUAUGCAAAUCCAUAAUCAAUAGGUUUGUGCACCUUCAGAUUUCUUGCACAUUUUGUCAUAUUUAAAAAAGAAAAGAAAAAAGUUAACUGUCUGAUGUUGAACAAAGAAAGUUGGACUCUUAAAAAAAUUGAUAUAAUUAUGACCUAGGAUGUCAUUAUAUUCAUAGAAUUAAUAUAUUUCUGAUCAAAUUAGUACGCAAACAAAAUGUGCAAAAACUCACUUGGUGUGUGUGUGUGUGUGUGUGUGUGUGUGUGUGUGUGUGUGUGUGUGUGUGUGUGUGUGUGUGUGUGUGUGUGUGUGUGUGUGUGUGUGUGUGUGUGUGUGUGUGUGUGUGUGUGUGUGUGUGUGUGUGUGUGUGUGUGUGUGUGUGUGUGUGUGUGUGUGUGUGUGUGUGUGUGAGAGAGAGAAUUAAAGGCGGCUUCAGGGCCGUGAUUCUCUGACAGCUUGUUCCAGUAUCUGGAGACUCGGAAGUGUUAAUAAAUAAAACAUCCACGAAGAAAAGUUUGCACACAUUCACGAGCGGUCGGGACUUUUGUCUUUGUGCUGAAAACUCUUCAACUGAAGCUUUACGGGUGAAAUAAUAUUCUCUUCCCGCGUCGGACUUUUGACAAUCAUUAAUUCAUAAAUGCCACAAUGUGUAACUCACAUUGGAUUUUUUGCAAGUAACGGAAAACAAAAUGGUCCUUACACUAGUUGAUUAUUGUAAAUGUUAUAACACCAUUUGGGCUGAGCUGGUCUUUAAAAGUGGAUAAAAAACACCUGCUUCAAAGAAAACUAGAGAAUAAAUUAAGAAUCUAAAUCCGCCUUUAAAUAUCUUACGGAUCACUUUUCCUUUUCUUGCUUACCUCUGUGGUAUGAUUCUGUUCCAUAUUUAAUGUUCCUGUUGAAUGUACUUUAUUUUUUUGAAAUAAGAAGCAUAGAGAUGCAAGAAUUCCAAUUGAUUUUGAAAAAACACAUUUUAUUUUUUUCUGUUUGAAAGUUUCUUUACUUGAAUUGUGAGGUUUUAUCUUUUAUCAAAGUAACGAAUCUCUCGUCACUUUAUUGUAUCAAACACUUUGUACAAUUAUUAUUUUGGUGUGUGUCGUACAGUAUGUUGAUGGAAGAAUGAUUAUGGUUAGAUUAUAUUAAAAAAAAAUAAUCUCUUGCCACUGAAUGAUGCUUGGGACAAGUCUUCCUGAUUAAUAUAUGUGAGCAGCUCUGAUUGAACGGUUGGAAUUUUUUGAUUUUUUUUAGGUUUGCAGGAUGUGAAGGAAGCGUAUGCGAGCAAUGUGAAUGAUAUUGUCGCCAAACUGUCAUAAUUAAUGUCCAUGACCCUGCAUUUCCCCUUCUCAUCCCUCUUCCAUGUGAUUUUUACUGUAUCUGCAUCUCUGAUCGCAAAAAAAAAAAAAAAAAUGCCUUAACAUUGUUUCAGUUGAACUCUUCUUUUGUUUCACGUGUUGUAAAAAUCGCGUUGUCUCGUCACCUCUGAGCCACGAGAGACUCAAACGGGACUUUGAAUCUUACUCCACAAAUAAUAUCACUUGAGGACUGGAGAGAAAACAUAGGAGCCAUGUUGUCACAUGAUGCAGGAGGCUCCUGCACCUCAUCAUCAUCAUCCUCAUCAUCAUCCUCCUCCUCCUCCUCCGUCAUAUCCGCAGCGCUUAUAGGCAAGUAUUAAGCCGACUCUGUGCCUUCCGCACUUAUCGAGCUGCUUCCUCCCCCCUGCACAUACGGUAGAUAGGAACUGUAGGUUGACAACGUGGCUAGGAUUCGUCGUUGGAAGCCCUUCUCCCUCUCCACUGGAACUGCUGUAUAAUGAGUUCAAAGUUGAAAUAAACUGUCUCUAAACGACGAA